AUGGCAAACUCCCAGAGCCCGACGCUGGCCACCUGCACGCUCACGUCGAUGUGGAAGAACGAUAGCGCACAGAGCAGCUGUGCACAGACCAGCAACGGGAUGGAUAUCAACAGGAUGUUGCGUCGGCCGAUCCUGUCAACGACGGAGAACGCAACGAUCGUGAAGAUAAAGUUGGUUCCAGCUAUGAAACAGCUAACGGCCGUGCUGUUGUUGUACCCGACCAUCUUGAAGAUCGUUCCAGAAAAGUACAUCAGCGAGUUGAUUCCGACCAGCUGCUGUGCUGCCUGGAGACCGCACCCGAUGAUCAGCGCCCGCUGGUUGGCCGGAGUGCUGAACAGCUCAAUGGAGCUGUUCUUAAGACGGUCCAGAACACUCGAUCCGGGAAUGCACGAGUUGAGCUGGUGGAUCUCGGCGAUGCUGGCCUCGAUCAGUUCGGGCGGACACCCAAGAUACACCUUGUGGAGUACCUGCUGGGCCCGCUGGUGGUCCCCUUUGGAAAUAAGGUACCGUGGGGUGUCUGGGAGAAACACGAACGCAACGAGCUGGAUCACCGACGGAACAAGCGAGAUCCCAAUGACUGCUCUCCAGCCCCCGUGGCAAUUACUAAGGGCAGCCCCGAUGCCGUAA